GCCCGCGACAGGGGGAGGAAGCGAGCGAGGCAGGCAGCGAGCGAGCGAGCGCCACACCCCCCCCGGGCCGGAGCCUGCCGGGAAGGAGGCGCGGGCAGGCGGCAUGGAGUAGGGGCCGGCGAGCGGAGCGGGCGGCAUGGAGCCGGGGCCGAGCCCGGGGCCCUGCGCCGAGAUGCUGCAGGUGGCCGAGGAGGCCUUUCGCGGCGGCAACUUCGAGCUGGCGGCCGAGAUCUACGGCUCGCAGCUGGCCGAGCUGCCGCAGCCCGAGCGGGGCCUCUGCCUGCGCCGGGGGGACGCGCUGGCCCGCGCCGGCCGCAUGGCCGAGGCCCUGGAGGCCUACAGCGCCGCCGCCCGGCUGGGCCGCCUGCGGCCCGAGGAGCUGCCGGAGCUGGCGGAGAGCCUGGCCCUCAGCCUCCGCGAGAAGGCGCUGCGCCUGCCGCCCUGGCCCGGCGGCGGCGGCGGCCCCGAGGGGGCGGGCGAGCCGCUGGGCGACCCCGCCUGCUGCCGCCCGCCCGAGCUGCUCGGCUGCCCCCGGUGCCGGCGGCUGCUCUGCGAGCCGGUGACCCUGCACUGCGGCCACACCCGCUGCCGGCGCUGCGCCGAGCCCGGCGACUGCUGCCACCGGCCCCGCCGCGCCGCCGCCGGCCCCGCCAGCGCCCGGGUCAACGUGGUGCUGGGCAACCUGCUGGAGAAGUGGCUGGAGGGGGAGAGCCGGGCGCGGCGGCUCCGCGCCGAGGGGGACGAGCUGCGGGACAGGCAGGAGCUGCCGGCCGCGCUGGAGAAAUACAACCAGGCCCUGGAGACCGCUCCUUGCAAAUGUUCGUUAAUAGCACAACGAGCAGAAUUGUGGAUAACCAUGAAAAACUAUCAACAAGCUCUCCAUGAUGCAGAGGCACUCUGCCAAAACAAACCCCUCUGGCCCAAGGGUCGUUAUGUGAAAGCACAAGUUCUUUCUGGAUUGGGAAGGACUGAGGAAGCACUGAAGGAGUUUCUUUAUUGUGUUGCCUUAAAUCCUGAAUGGAGCUUAAUGAAGAAAGAAGCCCAAAAGAUAAUGUGUGAGAUGUUUUUCCCAGCCUUCGAAAAUGUGCAUGACAGCCUCACUGCACCUUUCUCUAGUCGGACAAGGUUGAAACCUGCAUUUUUAAGCAGCUUAAAUACUGUUGAAGAUGGUUCUGCUGCUGGGUGCUCUGAGGAUACUGUAUUCAAAUUAACAAAAGCCCUGUCCCAAGAGUCCGAUGUUCUUCGAAGCACUAAUUCUUCUGUCUCUCACAAUGUACUGGAUUUGCAUUUUGAAGACCAUAAGUCAUUGGGAACAAUCCUCUCCAGCUUACCUGUUGCACGUUUAAAAAGAAAGCUAUCCAGUGACUUGAGGGAUUUACAAAGCUUGGAUGUCCCAAAUAAGAUUCCUAAAAAAGAUGGAGAUACUGUACUUGAAAACUCAGCCACCCCUUCAUUACGUGAGAUACCAACAGUCGUUGUGGAUGCAUCUGACUUCGAGUGUUCCCUCUGCAUGAGGUUAUUCUAUGAGCCUGUUACCACUCCCUGUGGACAUACAUUUUGUCUCAAAUGCCUUGAGCGUUGCCUUGACCAUAACCCAUAUUGCCCGCUCUGCAAAGAAAAGCUCUCUGAAAUUCACAAAACUGGAGGUGGUGGUGAACCACUUACAUCCUUUAGCCCAGUUAAAGCACAUACCCCUUCCUCUUCUCUCCUGCUGAAGCUGUUACACUUUGGAUACAUGAUUAAAUAUUCAUUGGAGCAGGGACUGGAACCUGAGUGUUGCCUGCCCUUCCAGUUUUUGGCAAGCAGAACUUAUAAAAAGACUGUCCUUACAGAAGAACUAAUAGUUCGUUAUUUGCCAGAAGAAUUAUCAGAAAGAAAGAAAAUUUAUGAAGAAGAAAUGAAGGAAUUAUCAAAUUUGAAUGAAGAUGUUCCCAUCUUUGUGUGUACCAUGGCCUUCCCUACCAUUCCUUGCCCACUUCAUGUCUUUGAACCUCGGUAUCGGCUAAUGAUAAGAAGGUGCAUGGAAACUGGUACCAAACAAUUCGGCAUGUGCUUAGCUGAUGAACUAAAAGGGUUUGCCGAUUAUGGCUGCAUGCUAGAGAUCAGGGAUGUAAAGUUUUUUCCUGAUGGGCGUUCAGUUGUUGAUACGGUUGGUGUUCGUCGAUUUAAGGUCUUGAAUCAUGGUCAACGAGAUGGGUAUAACACCGCGAACAUUGAAUAUCUUGAAGAUAAAAAGGUGGAGGGAGCAGAGUAUGAAGAACUUGUCCGUCUUCAUGAUUCAGUUUAUGAUCAAGCUGUUGCCUGGUUUACUUCCCUUAAAGACAACAUGAAAGCACAAAUUCUCAAUCAUUUUGGAUCAAUGCCAGGAAAGGAAUCAGAGCCACAGAGUAACCCCAGUGGUCCAGCCUGGUACUGGUGGCUAUUGGCAGUGUUACCAUUAGAAAACAGGGCUCAGCUGGCUAUACUUGCUAUGACUUCCUUUAAAGAUCGUCUUAUUGCCAUCAGACGUGUAUUAAUAUUUGUAACACGCAAGAGACCCAGAUGACAUGGACUUAUGAACAGGCACUGACUGUAUGUUAGUAGAUACGUUUUUUUAAAAGCAUCAUGCAGAGAUGAACUGUUCUUUCUGGUUGUCUGACAUUCGCUAUUCUGGAUGUUCACCAAACUUUGCACUCUACUCUGUAAUUAACAAGCACUCUGUGCCUGUUGUCCUGGUGAAAUCUGAGCCCCUAUGAAGUUGUGCUACAAUUGCAAUGUAGUUGGUAGUUGUGGAUAACUACUUUGAAGUACUAUUCAUAAUCAAGAGUUGAUGUUUCUAGCCUGUGAGAGACUGAGUUUAAAGUAUUAGAACAUCACAAAUGGCCUGUGUGCAGUUUGGAUUUACACUUAGAAGGAAAAAGAGUUCUCUGCAAUGGAUCACAGACUGCAGAUGGUUUUAUUAGUUUUCCUGAGAUGGUCAGCAGAAGGGAAACCAAACUAUCCUGCAGAUAAAGAAUGCACAAAGUGCAUAGCUGAUAGGAUGUUCUCUUAAUGCGUUGGUGGAGUCUCUCUGCACUUCCAUCUACUUGUUCAAGAAAUAUUGGUCUAUAAAACAAUUUUCAAGAUUAAGGCUUUGGAGGUUGUCCAGGAGCAUAGUAUUUACAUGGUCAAGGUUGUGUGUCGGGAAGAGUAGUAGCUACUGAACAGCAAUUUGGUAACCUUAAGUAAUCCCUUGUGUUGUGAUUUGCAUGUUGUAGUGGAAUGAGUAUAUCAAAUGUCAAAGGUGUACAUUUAUUUUUAGAAAAUCAAAGUAAUCCCAGUUGGUCUGACGUCACUAAACACAAACCAAACAAAUUCCCUAAAACAUGAAAGGCAGUUGUGAAGUAGCUAUUUCACUCCGAAUUCUGGGAAAGCAUGUUGUGGUACUCGGCUGAUGUGUGUUCUUAAAGUAAACUUGGCUAGGAUAAGCAUUGGGGAAGAUUCCAUUUCCCUUCUCAUCUUCAAAUGAUGUGCCAAGCUGAUGUUACAUUGGAACAAUUAUUUGUUAGAACUUUGGGUUUAAAAGUUAGUGUUAUGCUUUAUAUCAUAAGUGCUGCACGUGGUUGGAACCUUGGUCUGUGAUGACCUCAUGAAGAGGUCCAAACUGAACACUAACAAAAGGCAAGUCUCAAUGCAAGCUUAAGUCAAGUGUCCUCUUCAUUUGUUUGUCUUGGUUUUUAAUAUAUUGGUUUUGUUAAUAUCCUACUUUGAUAGCUAUUGAAUAUUUUGCUGGUUAGUAAAACUAUUUCAGUGGCUAUUUAGAAAAUUAAGUAAUCAACAGUGUUACUAAUUUAAUUGUGUAGCUUCCUAUAAGAAGUAAUUUUACCAACUUGAAAAGUUAGCCAGAAUCUGUGCUCUCAAAGUAUAGUGAGAUGCUUUUAGAGACACUUGUUCAUGUGCAACACUCUGGCAUGAUGAAAAUGGUGUCUUAUCUAAAUGUUUAAAGUGCCUAGUUUUUAGUUUGCUUUGAAUUUUUUUUUUUUUUUUUUUUGGUCCAUGAAGAUAUAUAUCAAAAAUUUGCACACGAGUCCUGGAAGAAAACUGCAUAAACAAAUGAAUUAACACAUAUUGGCUGCUUUCUUGGAUACUGUAAUUACAACCUUUUAUGGUCUGGGAAACUAAAGUAUCUAGUGCAGUGGUUUUCAAACUUAUUUUUCAUUUAUAAAAUUUCAAAUGGAGGUGCAGACCCCUUUGGAAAUCUUAGACAUAGUCUAUGGACCUACAGGGGUUCACGUACUACAGGUUGAAAACCCGUGAUCUAGUUAACUUUUCUUUCAGCAAAUCGUUACCAGAAAUGGUUUCUGUAAUCUGCUCUGAAUGUACUGUAAUUUCCUCUACCUUGAACGCGCCUUUUCUAGUUAAAUAGUGAUUUGUAAUUUAUCUUUUGAAUUGUGAAGUGCAUAACUUACAACCAAUGAUUUUGUAAUCUCCACAAUAGCCUUGCUGCAAGUUCUGCUACUGUCAUAAGAGUACUAAAAGUAAAAGGUAUAUGAGAUUCUGAGAGGGUGGAGAAGGCGUCAGAGCCCCAAAGCUGCAAACAAAACCGCUUGAAGUCUUAUGGAGCACUUCCCCCUCCAUCCGUGCAUUAAUAACUCUCAUUUUAAAAACAUCCCAGUGUUUUUUCCAGUUAAUCCACUUUAUACUACCAGCACUUUAGGUAGUUCAUCUUCAGUUUGGCAACCCAACUCAUUUUAAGUUGGGGAAAAUGAAUUCUCUUUGUGAACUUUCACGUCGUUUUUUGUUCUGUAUGCUACUCUUGCCAUCAUUGUCCUUGCUCUGUCUUUGUCUUACCCUACCCCUUUUCCAUGACUCUUUCCAUGUCCAUGCAUUGUUUUCAUGUUUUGGCUGCAAAGGGACAUUGACAGAAUCAUACAGUCCUAGGCCUUGCACCUGCAGAGUGUUACAUAUGUGCUUAACCUUACACAGAUAUACAUCCUUUUAGAAUUGAAAUGUUAGUUGCUGUCUCCUUGAUUCUAAUUACUGACAACAAUGUGAAUUUCUCUGCAAAAAGCCAGUGAUUUAAGAUGUCUGUCCUUUAAGUACUUUUAAUUGUGACACUACAAAACAAAGUGUUAACUUUAAUACAUCAUAGAAAAACAAUAAUGAAGAUGUAAGAGUGUUGUUUUUGUUUUUUAAUUAGCUUUUUUGCAUUAAAUUACAUUACUGUCUAAGGAUGCCAGGAUAACUAAUGAAAUGUCCUCGCUUGAGUGAAAGCUGAGUGACAGAAUUUUUGGUAAGUUUUUUUUUUUUUUUUUUUUUUUUAAACUGUUUCUAGCACAAUGGGGUCCUGGUCCAUGACUGGGGCUCCUGGGUGUUAAAUUAAUAAAAAUAAUUAAUAUUUGUUUUUAAACACUUAAGUGACUGACAUUUUGGAUAAAUAUGAAAUAGUCAGUAUCUGUAUGCAAAUGUUAAACUAACAACCCAAACUCACUGUUUCUUCCAAAACAUCAAAUACUGGAUCAUACAGCAAAGCUAAAGAGAAACGCUAUUCAUGGGCACGUACAGAGUCUCUAGAAGUAGAGACUUUAUUCUUACCAAGUUCUCCUGUCUUGGUUUGUACAGCAGCAAAUAGUAAAUAGAUGGAGAAACCAGUUGCCUCUUCUCUGGAUUAGAGGCAAAUGUCCAUAUUGCAGCUAUUUUAUAUCUUUACUUAGUUCUUGUCCCCAUGGUACGGUAUUGAAACCAUGAGCUAAGCAGCUGGAAAAGACAGGUGUUUCACUGCCCUUUAACACACUACAUUUUUCGUACUUGCUUCCUAGCCUGGGCAAUGUGGUAGGAAAGUCUCCACUUCGGUGAGAUCCUUUAUACAUCAU